AUGUUCACCAAAUCUACCAUUCUCUUGACUCUCGGUGCUCUCGCCACUUCAGCCUUGGGUGCAGACUUGACUAUCUCAACUCCCGCUUCCCUCAUCCAAUGUCAACCUGCUCUCCUUUCCUGGACGGGUGGUACAGCCCCAUACUACCUCGCUGUUAUCCCCGGUGGUGAACCUUCCGCUGCUGCCUUGCAAGAUCUAGGUGAACAACAGGGAAACUCUCUUACCUGGACUGUUAGCAUCGCUUCCGGUACGAGUAUUACUUUGAAAGUUACGGAUUCUACCGGUGUAGUCAAUUACAACCAGGCUGUCACUGUCCAAGCUGGGUCCAGUAACUCUUGUUUGACCGCUGCUGCUACUAGCUCUGCAGCUUCUGCCUCCACCCCCGCCGCUGUCAGUACCGCCUCUGCUGCUGCCGCCGCCGCCGUGACCUCCGGAUCAGCCUCAGCCGCUACCACUUCAGCUGCUGCUUCCAAAGCUUCUUCAGCUGCUGGAUCAGCCUCUGCUGCUGCCUCCUCCGCCAGAUCAGGUGCCGCUUCUGCUGCUUCUGCCGCUGCGUCGGCUUCUACCUCUGCCAAGUCAGGUGCCAUGUCCAUCAAGUCAAUCGUGAACGGCGCUGUCGUAGCUGUUGCUGCCGGUAUCUUGGGUCUUGCCCUUGCUUAA